AUGUUCGCUUUUGUAUGGUUAUCAGCUUUAGCAAUUACAUCGGCCGAUUUUUAUUAUUGCACUAGACGAUUUCUUACAUGGAACUUAAGUUGGGAAGGAAAUUGUGGAAAAUCUGGUGAAAUAGGCGAUAUAUGGUGGAGAAUACGUUAUUUUUGGGCAUUGUGUAUACCUAAUAUAAUGUUUAUUAUGUAUAUCGCAAUAUUUUGCAACAUACGUCAUAAACGUCAUAUUACGAUAAAUAGUAAUCAAAGUGCCAGACGUGAAAGAAAUGCAGUGAAAAUUCGUCAUUAUGAAUGGUCAAUGUUAAUUCAAGCUGCAUGGCAUUGUGGCACAUUGGAAAUUGGCAUAAUUCUUUUUAACUUUUUGCCACCCAUUUUAACUGAAUUUUUCAGUCAGGAAGUUUGUUUAGCAGCAAGAAUUUUCUUAAACUGUUUUGUUUUAUUUAGUUGCGCUCUAUUGCCAACUGUAUAUUUCAGUUACAAUAAGGAAUCGCGUAAUAUCAUAAAAUAUCAUUUAUAUAAUUGGUUACAAUUUAGAAUUGGACGGUUAAGAAAUAUAGUCAGUACUUAUAGUACUAGAACACAAACAGCAUAUAAUAAUAGAUAG